AUGCGACGAAAACAACGGGCAAACGACGCCAACGCCGACCAGGACCGCCUAGCAACAACGUCAACCCCAAUCAAUGGAUACGACGGGCAAACGACGACUAGCGCCCAGGACGAUCGACCACCAGCGCCCAUGAGCAGUGCCCACCACGGCCCUAAAGCCACGAACGACCCCACGAGCAAGCCGGGCCAUCGCAGUCUGCGACGUGGCAACGAUGCCACAGGACGACGACGACAUGAUCGUCGUCGUCGUCGCCAACAACGGACAACGGACAACGGACAACAACGACCACGGCGUACGGACGACAAUGACAAUGACAACGUACAGACGACAAUGACAACGUACGGACGACAACAACGAAGACGACGUACAGACGACAAUGACGAAGACAACGUACGGACGACAACAAAGAAGACGAUGAUGAAGACGACAGACAGACGACAACAAAGACGACAUACGGACGACGACGAAGAUGACGCACGGACGACGACGGCGACGGCGAGCGUACAGACGAGGAGGAGGAGGAGGAGGAGGGCCUACAAGCGACAGACGACGACGACGAAGACGCGCGACGAGGGCUCGAUACCCCUCCUUAACUGCCCACUACUCCCUCACUGCCCACCACUCCCUCCCCCUCUCCUUUAUCCCACCACUCCCUCCCCCUCUCCUUUACUGCCCACCACUGCCUCCCCCUCUCCUUUACUGCCCACCGCUCCCUCCCCCUCUCCCUCAUUGCCCACCUCCCCCUCCCCCUCUAUCCACCUCACUGCCGACCACCCUUCUCCUUCAGUGCCUACCACCCUCCCCCCUCUAUCAUUGCCUACCACUCCCUUCCCCUCAUUCAUCCUUUCCCCUCCCCCUCAUUCAUCCCUUCCCCUCCCCCUCAUUGCCUACCACCCCCUUUCUGAUUGCUUACCAUCCCUUUUCCUUCAUUGCCCACCACUUCCUCACUGA